AAUGAUGACGAGUUCACCGGGCAGCACUUCGGCGUGCGUGUGUGUCACCUGCUCAAUGAGAAGAAUCCGGUACCGAUGGUGCUGGAAAUGAUGCUGGAGCACGUGGAGAUGCACGGCCUCUACACGGAGGGCAUCUACCGCAAAUCGGGCUCUGCCAACCGAAUGAAAGAGCUUCACCAGAAACUGGACACAGACCCCAACUCGGCCUGCCUCGAGGACUAUCCCAUCCACACAGUGACCGGCUUGGUGAAGCAGUGGCUGAGGGAACUGCCAGACCCACUCAUGACCUUCACACAUUACAACGACUUCCUGCAUGCAGUCGACCUUCCAGAGAAGCAGGAGCAGCUUCAUGCCAUCUAUAAAGGGCUGGACGAGCUCCCGACUGCAAAUUACAACACCUUGGAGAGGCUGGUCUUCCACCUCGUCAGGGUGUGCAAAGAAGAGGCUCACAACCGCAUGUCUCCGAACUCGCUGGCCAUAGUGUUUGCACCGUGCAUCCUCCGCUGCCCGGACAGCGCAGACCCACUGCUCAGCAUGAAAGACGUUGCCAAGACAACCACGUAA